AUGGGAUUCUCAUCAUCGCAAUUAGUGGUACUCAAGAAAUGUUCAAGAUCCAUCCUCUACAAAUUAUCGAGCAAUGAUGAUAAUCGUCAGGAGCGCAGAAGAUUAUCCAUUAAAAAAGAAGAAAAGUGUGGUGAGAUGAAUGCAGCUCCAGAUUUGGCAAAUCAAUGCAAAAAAGACCAACCACAGCCCACACAGAGCAGCCAUGUCUCAACGGAGCAACAUCAGAAACUUCAAGAUAUAAAUGCAUGUGCGGCGGCAGCCGAAACAAACACUUGCUGCACUAUGCAAAUAAAGAACACCUAUUCCCAUCGUUUAUCCCGCUUAGAUCCACAAGCAUCACGGUCUGUUCCAGAUAUCCAGAUCAAUCGAAGCAGUAGCCAUGGUGAUUUACCACCCCUGAAUAUAAUGCAAAGCAAACAACAACCAAGCAAAAAACCAACAUCCACCUCCACGCCCGUGACACCUAUACAGUCUACUUUUAACGACAACAAUGAUCGAUUCAAUCUAACCUACUCAAAGAGUUCAGCUAGCAACAACAGCAGCAGUAGUUGCAGUGAAGAAGAGGAAGCGAUUACGCCAUCCACAUGCGCAUCAGGACCAUGGCUAUCGGCCGAUGAAAUGAAGUAUGAUAAGAAUGCCAUGAUAACAAGAAGAAGCAAAAGUCAAGGAAAUAGAACGAUGAUGAUGAUGAUGAUGAUGAUGAUGGAAGCAAAGCCUAUCCCCUGCUCUUCCUCCUCCUCCUUUUUUCCAAUUACAAAUAAUCGUGGCUCUACUUCUACCAAGACCACCACCACUACUGCUAAAAAGGCAAAUCAAGAUAGAUCUCACAGCCAGAGCUCAUCCUCAUCCAGUUCUUUGGACAUGAAAUCCAUCUUUGGUAAAUCAGAGUUUCGCAAAAAGGAAUCAAAGGCAAUCCGAAUGUGGCAUACUACUGUAGAACAAUUAAUGACACAGAGAAAAAUGACGAUAGCUCUAGAACAACAACGACAGCAGCCAGACAAGGCAACCAAGUGCCUUACAGAGAAAGAUUUAGCUGUAGCUCGGUUUAUAAUCAGUGAACUCUAUUACACAGAAAAGUCCUAUUAUCAAUUUCUAAUGUUUAUUCGUUCUAACUACAUGGAACCUAUGCAAACUGCUUCUCGAUCUAGAGUCCCUUUAGUCAAACCAGCCGAUGUUCAUGUACUAUUCUAUCAUCUGCCUGAUCUCAUUUCUUUGUCGGAAAAGCUCCUUGGUAAAUUAGAAAUUUAUGCAAAUGACGUUGGUGGCAGCCCUGGCACAGCGAUCGGUCAAAUAUUCAAGGACAUGGAAGACGACUUCGCUGUAUUUCUGAAAUACGCCAUCCAUUAUCAAGGCCAUAUGAAGGCCAUCCGACGUGCAAGCAAUACUGGAUACGCCAUCAAAAUUGACCACGAAUCAAAGACUUGCAGAAAAGAGAACAAUCGACUAGGGCUAGCAGAUUACUUGAUUGCUCCUUUCCAAAGAGUGCCGCGAUACGAGCUAUUACUGAAAGAUCUACUAAAGCAUACGCACAUCCCACGACAAGAUUCAUCAAACGCACACGAUUUAGUCGUGGCCAAGAGCAUCAUCAGUGGUUUAGCAGCCGCCAUGAACAUGGUGCAAGAAAAGAUAUCCAAAUCACUCUUUUCACCGUCUUUUUAUUUAUUCAGUACGCAAUCUACAUCCAAUUUAUUAACUGUUGACCAGCCAGCAUCUUGA